AAGCCAUUAAUGAGCUGCUCACAGAACACAUCUGUCUUCGCCACACUAGCCUCAGCUACCUUCUCCAAGUACCCCACAUACACCAGAAAGACAAGGACAGACUCCAAGUUCAAGUCACUUCCAGAGCUUCGGAGUGACAAGGGCGUUGGCAGGCAGUGCAUGCCCCAUCACUGAAAGAAUCCAAACAAGACUGCCAUGGAAGAAAAUGAGUACUCAGGAUACUGGGAGCCUCCAAGGAAGCGUUGCUGCUGUGCAAGACGGGGGACACAGCUCGUCCUGGUGGGGCUACUGAGCACAGCAAUGUGGGCUGGCCUGCUGGCCCUGCUUCUUCUAUGGCACUGGGAAACGGAGAAGAAUCUAAAACAGCUGGGAGACUCUGCCAUCCAGAAUGUCUCUCGUGUCACCAAGGACUUACAAAACUACCAGAGUAAUCAAUUGGCCCAGAAGUCCCAGGCUGUUCGGAUGUCACAGAACUUGCAAGAGCUUCAAGCUGAACAGAAGCAAAUGAAAGCUCAGGACUCUGAACUCUCCCAGAACCUCACUGAACUCCAGGAGGAUCUAAUCAGCGUCAGAUCCCAGAACGCUGAACUCUCCCAGAACCUGAACAGACUCCAAGAGGAUCUAGUCAACAUCAAAUCCCUGGGCUUGAAUGAGAAGCGCGCAGCCUCAGAUGCUCUGGAGAAACUCCAGGGAGAGGUGACAAAGCUGUGGAUAGAGAUACUGAUGUCGAAGGGAACUGCGUGCAAUGUAUGUCCCAAGGACUGGCUCCAUUUCCAACAGAAGUGCUACUAUUUUGGCAAAGGCUCCAAGCAGUGGAUCCAGGCCAGGUUCACCUGCAGCGACCUGGGAGGGCGGCUAGUUAGCAUCCACAGCCAAAAGGAGCAGGACUUCCUGAUGCAACACAGCAACAAGGAGGAUUCCUGGAUUGGCCUCCAGGAUCUCAAUAUGGAGGGAGAGUUUGUAUGGACGGAUGGGAGCCCUUUGAGUUACAGCAACUGGAAUCCUGGGGAGCCCAACAAUGGGGGUCAGGGUGAGGACUGCGUGAUGAUGCGGGGAUCCGGCCAGUGGAACGACGCCUUCUGCCGUAGCUACCUGGAGGCCUGGGUCUGUGAGCAGCUGGCAACAUGCGAGCUAUCUGCUCCCUUCGCCUCUGUGAGCCCGACAGGAGCCACCCCAAGAAGUGAACCCUGAAAACUUCUGCUCACCCUCUACCUUUAUCAUGGAAACAGCCAGGCCUUGAGGAUACCCCUCUCUGUGACUGAAGGCUAUGAUCAUGUCCCUACCCAUACUGAAGCAGAUGGCAGAUGCUAGCUCCCGACAGCUACUCAGGAAGGCUCUACUGCUCUUCAGCUAAGCUGACCAUCCCAUGCCCUCCCCAAACCUGAGCCCGAGCCAUGCAAGCUCCCAGCCUAUUGGCAUGCAUGUGGGUGGUCCGUCGAGCCACCCAGGGAGCUGCUGAGGACAAAGAUCUCAGAGGAGGCUCCUUCUGCAGUCCCCACUUCCUCUCGCUGUGCAUCAGAGAACAGAGGUUCCCCAUUCCCAGGAUCUGGAAGUGAGUCCUCCCAUUAAGUUUCCAUCAGUAAAACUGGGUGGUGACUGGUCCCAGCAUUCCCACCCUCCUUGGAGGCUGUACCGAGUGUGCUCCUGGUGUGGGAGUCAUUGAAGGGAGUCGGGCUCCAGCAGGGUGAGCUUGGCUCUGGCAGGCCUUGCCCUUCUCUCCCAUUCAUACCCUCUGCCUUGCUAAAAAGCUGUUAACAGUCCUAAAGCUAGCCCCCACGGUCCCUUAUUUGUCCACUUCCUCCUCUGAGGCUGGCCACCAAGGUCCAGCUAUCCAUGUAUUGAAGUCCAGCAACCAAAACCCCCUUUGUGUCACCUAAUUAACAUGCUCAGUCAAAAUAUACCAAUUCAUCAUAGCCCAGUCUAACAGACUGCCCUUUUUCCUCUUCAUAAAAAUUACACCUGCAAGGCCAUUGGCUGCUGUUUUUCUGCCUGAGUCAGAAAGUGGCCACUUAACUUUUCUUACAUACUUAAUAAAGGAUCUCUCUGUGAA